AUGGAUAUGGCAAUCAUCUUCGAUCACCACUACUUGCAGCCGUUCGUGAGUAUUGCAGGCUUAUUAGCUUUGCUAUCCUUCUUCUAUUGUAUUUUGGUCUUUAUUAUAAGGCCAAGGAAUAUCAAAACCAACUUAGACGAGCGCAGAUUAUCACCAGCAUCUCCACCUGAAGUUGCAGGUGCAUGGCCGAUAGUAGGUCAUCUUCCUCGGCUAAUAGGAUCUACACCUCUAUUCAAGGUCCUUGCAGCUAUAUCUGACAAGUACGGACCUAUUUGCAUUGUCCGGUUUGGUAUGUAUCCGACACUAGUUGUGAGCAGUUGGGAGAUGUCAAAAGAAUGCUUCACUACCAACGAUAGGUUAUUUGCUACUCGUCCACCUAGUGCAGCCGGAAAGUACCUGACUAAAGCCAUGUUUGCCUUUUCCAUGUAUGGUCCUUACUGGCGGGAGAUCCAAGAUAAAGCAGAUAGUACAAUAGCUAGUUCAGUUAAGGUCAACAUGAGCCAAGUGUUUGCAGAACUGUCCUUAAAUGUGGUUUUGAAGAUAAUAGUAGGAAAGACCCUUUUUAUUAAGAAUGGUAAUGAAGAUUACACCGAGGAAGAAGAGGGCCAAAAGCUCCACAAGACUAUCCUAAAAUUCUUCGAACUAGCAGGGGUAUCAGUUGCAUCUGAUGUUCUUCCAUUCCUUGGGUGGAUGGAUGUGGAUGGGCAAAAGAAACAAAUGAAGAGGGUCUCCAAGAGAGAUGAACUUGAUCGCUUCAAAGUGGCUUGA